CCAUCAGCUGUGACUGGACGUGUGUUUACAGUAUUUCAGUGUGACAAUUUCUCAUGGAAUUUCUGGUUCGUUCAUGCUUUGAGGCGUUCUGUGAGUGAUAAGAUAUCAUCUGAGGCAACAAUGAGCAAUAAUGUGGACACGGCCUGUGAGCCAGGCGCCUCCAUGGAGAGCAUGCUGAUUACUACGGAUUCCUUCGAGGAACUGUCUCAGGAGAUGACCUCUAGCUCUGGUGCCAUCGGCCAGAUAGAAGCAGACCUGGAAGAGAGACAGUCAUCAAAUGAAGCGUGCGCGAUGACUAAAAGUGACUCAUUUUGCAGUGUACAAAGCAAUCCGCAACAGGAGGCGGAAGAACAGUUUCAGGACGCUGAAUGGCUGGGUCAGAAGCGACACGUAUUCAUCUUAAGUACAGCCGGAAAGCCAAUCUACUCCCUGCAUGGUAGUGAGGACAAAUUGGCAUCCCUUUUCGGUGUGAUGCAAGCGCUUGUGAGUGUUGUGCAGUCAAAUCAGGAUUCCAUCAAAUCAAUUCACACUGAAGGAACGACUUUUGUAUUCCUGGUGAAGAAUCCACUGAUCCUUGUUGCUGUUUCGCGGUCAAACACUUACGUUCAGCUGAUUCAGAUGCAACUUUCAGACGUUUACAAUCAAAUUCUGAGUAUCCUGACGCUCUCCUAUAUGAAUAAGAUUUACGAAAAAAGGAAGAAUUUCGAUUUAAGACGACUCUUGGGUGGCAGUGAGCGCCUAAUCAAUCAUCUGCUGGCCAACAGCUGCGGAAAUGAUCAAGUGUCCAACAACACCUUUAGUUUUCUUACCAAUUCUGUGCGCAUUCUGCCUCUCAGCUCUAGCAUCCGUGACAGUAUUACGAGCGCCAUUCAGAGCAACUGCUCCAAAAUCAAGAAUCUAGUCUUUGCAGUUCUUAUUGCUCAGAACAAGCUCAUCUGUCUGAUUCGCAUGAAGAAAUAUUUCAUUCAUCCAGCUGAUUUGAGGCUCAUCUUUAACCUGAUUGAGUGCUCUGAGAGCUUCAAACCCGCCGAGAGUUGGACACCUAUUUGUCUGCCUAAGUUUGAUUCCAACGGUUAUCUACACGCUCAUGUAUCUUAUCUGGCAGACGACUGUGAAGCCUGCCUGCUCCUCCUCAGCGUCGAGCGUGAUGUUUUCUUCACGCUCUCCGAGGCAAAGAAGCGCAUCACCGACAAACUACGUCGCUCCAACUGCCUGGAAGCCAUUAAUGAGGCGAUGAAUAACCCCGGGAUCAGCCUGCGAAACAUUGGUAUCCCUGAGAUUCGUCACUUCAUCUACAAAUGUAAAUCCAAUGCGCAACUUCUUUGCUCCAAGAUUUGCGUGCCCUACAAUUCUCUGAGUGAGUUCAGACGCUUGGAGGCACUCUACUGCAGUAUCCACAGUCGUGUUCACAACCCCAGUCGGCCGCUGAAACUGCUCUAUGACAUGAAGGAGCACGAAAUCAUGCUGGCAUGGGUAACUUCCGGAUACGAACUAUAUGUGACAUUUGAGCCACUUGUGGACAGAAAUGCAAUGAUAACAUUGGUGAAUAAGCUUCUCAAAUGGAUCAAGAAAGAGGAAGCCAGUCUAUUUAUCAUGAAUGCCCCCGUUUUCUAAUGAUUUUGGUAAAAUUCCAGCCAUUCUCCCUAACCUCAAAUCUAUUUCCCAGUAAUUUUGUAGUAAAUUGUGCUUCAUAGCUAAAAUAUAAUGAAAUUAUUUCAAA